AAGUUUCAAUUGUGGCUUAUGGAAGCGGUUGUUUUUGUUUUCUCGGGUCAACUGAAAGGCUUUCAAAAUCGUGGUUACUUUUUCACCUGACGUCGGAUAUCUAUACGAACUGCAUUAAAGACACAAUUGGAGUGUUAUCGAAGCUAAUUCAAUGGGUGCCAUUGAGAGCACAGAGGGGGAAAGGGAUCCAUUGAUCGUUCCAACUCAAACUGAGACUAGCAUACAGCCAGUAUACAGCAGAGUCUAUGGACGAAGAUGGCUGGUCCUGACCCUGUUUUCGUUGUUGGGGUUUAUGCAAGGAAUGGUAUGGAACACUUGGGGCCCGAUACAGAUCUCUGCGAAGCAGGCGUUCAGUUUCUCAUCCACGGACAUUGCCGUUCUGGUAUUGUGGGGUCCCGUGGGCUUCUUUCCUUGGCUGUUAUUUGUGUGGCUAAUGGAUAAAAAGGGACUGCGGGCAUCCCUGCUGCUCUCUGCGUUCUUCAUGGUGCUGGGCUCAGCCAUGCGCUCCGUCCCCAUCGUAGACCUGCACCUCAGGCGUUGGUUGAUUCACGGGGGGCAGCUGCUCAAUGGUUUAGCCGGCCCCACCAUCAUGAGUGCCGGCCCUCUGCUCUCCACCACAUGGUUCGCUCCAGACCAGCGGGCCACUGCCACUGCUGUGGCCUCCCUGGUUUCCUACCUGGGCUCAGCCUGCUCCUUCAUAAUGGGCCCUCUCCUCGUGCCAGCACCCAACGGAACCAUAAACGCCAUGGGGUUUGUGUACAGCGGCACCAUCUCCACGGUAACGGACAGCUACAUCAGAGACAGGAUACAACUGGUGCUUUACGCAGAGUUUGGGAUGAUCGCUGUGCUGUUUGCCGUGGUGCUGUUGUACUUCCCCUCACGCCCUCCCAUGCCCCCCAGCGUGGCAGCUGCCAGUCAGAGACUCAGCUACCGGAGCAGCAUCUGCAAACUGCUAAGCAAUGGGCGAUUCUUGAUGAUCGCGCUGGCCUACUCUGUUCCCACCGGGGUGUUAGCAGGCUGGUCAGGGGUUCUCGAUAUGAUUCUCACCCCAGUCAACAUGAGCCAGGUGGAUGCGGGCUGGGUUGGGUUCUGGUCCACAGUGGGAGGCUGCAUGUUUGGAGUGGCGAUGGCCAGGUUUGCUGACUCCAUCCGGGGGAUGCUUAAGCUGAUCCUGGUGCUGAUGCUGGCCGGUGCCUCACUCGCCGCCACCUGGUUCACCCUCACCUGCCUGACCAGGCUCACCCACCUGCCCUCCACCAAAGCCACGCUCUACACGUCCUGUAUCCUGCUUGGUGUCUUCAUCAACAGCAGCAUACCCAUCUUCUUCGAGCUCUUCAUCGAGACGGUCUACCCAGUGCCCGAGGGCAUCACCUGCGGAGUGGUCACCUUCCUCAGCAACCUCUUCACGGGCCUCCUCCUCUUCUUCCUCACCUUCUACUUCACAGAUACAUCCUGGUUGAACUGGUGUCUGACGGGGUCCUGUGUCUUCAGUCUCAUCCUCAUUCUCAUGUUUCGAGAGUCCUACGACCGCCUCUACCUGGAUGUCUUUGUGUCUGUCUGAACUCAACAUCACCCUUUUUCAAAAAAGGAGAAGUUACAGCCCUUUUUUAAAAAAAAAAAGAGAGAGUGAAUGAGAAAGGAAUGAAAUUGCAGUUUUUGCGCCGAAUUGCACACAGAAGAGGAAACUGAAACGGUUAGAGCAGCAAGACAGACGUGUCGCUGUGUCUGUCCUCCAGUUUUAUUGACUUCGAUACUCUAAGAGGACCUGCUGUAUGCUGUUUGUUGUUAAUGUUGUAAAAGUAUGUGACGACAGUUGCUUUCAAGAUAUCGAUCGGGAUCACAAGGGAGAAAGAAAAGGACCUGAAGUCCUAAUGUCACUUAGCGUAGUUAAUGUUUCUUACCAACACUGAGUUUUUUCUCUCUUGGUCUUGAUAAUUCUUGGUCUUGGUUUUAUAAUUAUUAAUGUUGUUUUUAUAUAUAUAUAUAUAUAUAUAUAUAUAUAUAUAUAUAUAUAUAUAUUGUCUGAAGGUGAUAUCAAUGUCACCCCAGUUUUGGGCAUGAGGGACCUCUUUUGUUUACAAUGUUCAAAUAGGUGGAGUGGUUGUUUCUUUAGCCAUAGAUGUAGAAGCUCUCAGUAGUGCCCACUAGUCCCAUGUAGCUUAGCUUGUUAGCUCUGCUGAUAAACCAGACACACUCUUAAUAAGAGACUAGACAGAGGCUGUGGCGUCACUGCAACAAGGGAGCACUCAGUGGUUCAAAGUCUUAACAUCCACUUCUGAAGAACAACAUAGAGGGCGGAGGUGUGUCCAUUUGGAAAAUGUUGGCGCUUUCAAUGACCUGUGCCCAUUAUGAAAUUACAUAUGGCCUACCCCCCAGACCUAUUAUGCAAAUGGUGAUUAGUAAUCCAUUUCUCUCUUCUUUAUUGGAUAGAAGUUCAUUGGGAAUGUAAUUUUUUUUUAGUAAUGCAGGUUAUGAUUGGACAUGGGUUACCAUGCCUUGUUAGUGUAACUAAAUGGGCACCCAAUCAGCAACCUGCUUUACUGUAUAAACCUCUUUUUUGGUGAAGGGUUCGCUUACUGAGGAAGUGAUGUGCUUCGUGGUCAACGUAUAGCGGUUUUGCCAUUUCCACAGGACCUGUGGGCCCAGUGAUUGGAACCACACAAUGCACAGGGAUGGGGUUGUCAUGUUAUGUCAGAUGGUAGUCAUGGAACUUUUGUAACCUUUCCAGUUCUCAAGGAAGCCUAACCUCACUUGUGCCGAGCAUGUUUUAAACGUUUUGUUUUUUAACUCCAUUUUGAUACAGUUGCUGUACUUGUUCAAACCGAUGUUUAUUUAUUCAAAGGAUCAGAACACUAAUUCUGUCAAAAUAACGCUGUGGAUAACAAAGACUGUUAAAACACAUCAUGGAAACUCUAGCCAGCAAACUGACAAAAAAUGGAGAGAGUCUGCACAAGUGGCACUGGUGCCCUGCUGUAACUGCAGUGCACAGAGUUCACCAGCAGGGAGCGCUGUGCCCAACAGACCCACUCUCGGCAGCAACUGCACCAUCCCUACCCAUGCCACGUCAGACAACUGAUUAAACAUGAAUCCCUGUUGGGUUUUUUUUUUUUUUUUUUUUUCAGUGGGGAACUCUAAAGAGAUCUCCCCAGCAAGCUGUGACCUGGAUUCAAUAGUAAAGACUUGUGCAAAGACUUUCACAGACUGGACCCACAGCUGUGUCGGUGGGUUUGUGUAGGCUUUUGGAAAUAGACUCCCCUGUCUUCUCAAGCCACUACUCAGUUGUGCAGACCCCCUACCAUACACACACACACACACACACACACACACGCAUACAUCUCUGCCUAACUCCACAGGCUCCCGGCAUUUGGGAUUUCUGCUCCUUAGAGGCUUGAGAGGAUGUGUUUGGGGCGGAUGAGGCGAGGCCAAAGCCUAAUGAAAUGUGUAAUUCAGCGAGGGUCUCCCCUGGCUCUGGCCCAGGCACACAGCUUCAAAGAGAGAGAGCGAGUCCCCCCCCACUCCGGCUGCCCAGCAGUGGGGACCUGAGCUGACCAUGGCCUCCCAACCACUGGAUGUCUGAGGAUCUUCUGGGAGAUCGACCGCUCCACAUGGGACUCUAUGGCCUGUUUUUAACCCAUUUUAGAUGGGUUGAGUGUAGCGGUGUGAUUAUUAUUAACACGGUUCAAUGUUGGUAGGAGGCUCUGUGUGUGUGUUGCCCCUUCCUCUGCUGUGUUGUGCUGUGCAUAGGACAGAGCGAAGGGAAUAGUCUCACAGUGCCCAUACGGAGCGAUUCCACUUUGUAAAAAAAAAAGAUGGUGUCUUUUACCUGGUGAAAAUGUUGCCUUAAUUAACAGUGACUGUGCAUUUUGCAUUUUCUUCCUCCCUCCUACCCACUCUCUCUCUUUCUCCUGCCCUCUUUUCCUCCUGCUCUCUUUUCCUCCUACCUCUCUUCUCUCUAUCUCUCUCUCUCUCUCUCUCUCUCACUGUGACAAUGCCGUCAUCUCAAUGCAGUUUCAGGGUCAUGGGACGAUACCAGUUCUCACUGUUGUGUGCUCUCUUGUAAUAUAAAACAGGGGGUCAUGCUGUACUGGGGUUGUCCUUGUCCUUGCCCUUUCUGUGAGAUGUACGUCAACGAUUUUCUGCACCUUAUUAAACGACUUUCUUUUUUUCAGA